UGUAGGUAGCUGCGGAUGCGCAGCGCUGAGUGUACCACCAACAUGUAUUUCAGGGCAAUUGGCUGGGUGGUAUCCUACACAUUCGUUCUCAUUCUCCACUGGCUUGUGGUAUCCCGGCUUGAACCUUCUCUGGUAACUUAACACUUAAAGCUGAGGCCUGAGUCUUAGCAUGAUACCAUUAAUUUUUCUUGCAUCCCUCCUGGCGCUACCUGUGGAUACCUUUGGAGCACCGACGGACGUAAUCCCCAGUCAGAGGGACAAUUUGCUAGCAAAGUAUGGCAGCUCGAAAGCACAGAAAAGAAGCACUGGUUACAAUCUGAUCGUCGACCAGGAGUAUGAUUCUAGCUACUAUGGUUCAUUGGCUAUUGGUACACCUGCGGUAUCCUUCGAUGUCAUAUUAGACACGGGGUCUUCUGAUCUCUGGGUCGCUAGUUCUUCUUGUGGAACUUCAUGCGGGACAGUUGCUACAUACAACCCAUCAUCUUCAUCAACUUUCGAGAAUCUCACUACACCAUUCGAGAUAACAUACGGCUCGGGUGCUGCAGCUGGCUAUGUUGCACAGGACACAGUGCAAAUGGCGGGAUUCUCCGUUUCCAGUCAAGGUUUUGCUGUUGUGGACGAAGUGUCAACAAAUAUGCUAACAUCACCGGUUUCUGGCUUGCUUGGUUUGGCAUGGCAACCCUUGGCAAGUUCGGGUCAGAUGCCGUUAUGGCAGACUUUGGCCUCCAGUAAUUCUGGGACUCAGCUCUCUUUGCUGUAUACAAAUGAUUCCAGCGCCCAGGUUCUUGAGCCCGGAGGAGUCCUUAAUAUGGGUUACACAAACAGUAGUUUGUACACCGGCUCAAUUGAUUACAUCGAUAUUCCCGGAACUCCCUCAUAUUGGUAUAUACCAUUGACUAGCGUAACUGUGCAGGGCAAUUCCGUCUCUAUUACUUCAGGAACAACUGCUGCUAUCGACACUGGCACGACCAAUAUAGCCGGUCCGGCCAGCUCAGUUGAAGCCAUCUAUGCACAGAUUUCCGGCUCACAACCAGCCACGGGUGAAUGGGAAGGAUAUUAUAGCUACCCAUGCUCGACGACCGUAAACGUAGAAUUCUCGUUCGGUGGUGCCACGUGGUCGAUGAGCCCAGCAGAUUUUGCCUUCACACAAACCAGUUCAACGGAAUGCAUUGGCGCAUUCUUUGAAGCAACUACUGGUACUGGCUCCCCCACUUGGAUCAUCGGCGAUGCUUUCCUGAAAAAUGUGUAUUCUGUCUUCCGCUACAACCCCGCUUCGAUUGGCUUCGCCAGUCUCUCAAGUGUGGCAAUCGCUGAAAAUGGCGCUGGAGGCGCCGUCCCUUCCGCGACCAUUGGUGUGGUGUCUGCAGCAGUCACCAACACAAGCGAUGCCCCACGUAGACAUGCACUGAGCGCAUCAUUGUCUACUCUUCUUUUCCUAGCUUUCUCCGCAGUGCUCCUCCUUUAAUCUUGAUGCCAUCUGCAUUCGCCUUCCUAAUGAAGGACUUAUCUUUAUUGGACUAACGAACGCUCACAAAUUUGGAUCACACUCACUUGUAAUUCAUGUAUCCGUAUGAUUUGAUGGAUAGUUGUUACUGGCUAGUUCUUUAUGAGUUGUAGGUAGUAACCUGUUAUGGACGGUGACUACAUUAAUCUAUAUACUGCAAUCAAUACCACGUCAUUGCACAUUA